UGGCUUCCCAAUAAAUAUUAUUUUUAAGAAAUGUCAUAAAAUUGUCGAGAACUCCAUUAAUAACUGCAACUUGGACCAAUAAAUACCAUCUUCAUCAUCUUCUCCACAAAGUCAAAACAAUCCCUCUUUUGAUUUAAAUUCUCUUCUCUACCAUUUCUGCUGAUCUUAUCCCAACACACCCCCUCAAAAAAAAAAAAAAAAACACCAAACACAAAUCAAUGGAGGAUAAGCGACGAACAGCUGGAAACCUUGUAGCUAAACUAAGUUCAGUUUCCGAACGGACCCGAAACGAAGCUUUGGCCGAAUUACGACUGAUUUCCAGGCAGGACCCGGAAAGCCGACCGUUAAUAGCCGACGCCGGCGCCGUUCCUUACCUUUCCGAGACCCUUUUCUCUUCUUCUCCGGCAAUACAAGAAAACGCCGCCGCUACUUUGUUGAACUUGUCGAUUACUUCGCGCGAUUCUCUCAUGUCCACACGGGGUCUCCUCGAUGCGUUAUCUCACGCUCUGAGCAAUUCGGGUUCACAGGGGGCGGUUCAGUCGUGCGCCGCCACGCUUCACAGCAUACUAAUCGCCGACGAGUCUUCCCGUCCGAUAAUAGGGUCGAAACGCGAUAUCCUUUACACGCUGUUGUCGAUCAUAGGUGAUAAACACGCGCCGGCUCGUUCGAUUAAGGACGCGUUGAAAGCGUUGUUCGGGAUCGCGCUUUACCAGUUGAAUCGGGCGAGCUUGGUGGGUCUGGGAGCGGUUCCAGCUUUGGUGUCAUUGAUAGUUAGGGAUGCUAGGAAGGGGAUCGUGGAGGAUGCGACGGCGGUGCUGGCGCAGAUCGCGGGAUGCGAAGAGAGCGAAGAAGCAAUGAGGAAAGCGGGUGGGUUGAAGGUAUUGGGUGAUUUGUUGGAUAAAAAGACGACGGCAAGUACAAGAAUAAGGGAAAACGCGGUGGCUGCGCUGCUGAACUUGGCCCGGUGCGGCGGCGAACAGGGGAGGAAAGAAGUAAGAGAAAUGGCGGUUAAAGUAAUGGAUGUGAUUACAGAGGUGGGUGAGAAUGGAAGUCCGAAAGGGAAGGCUAAGGCUGUUGAGUUAACUGAAAUAUGUUGUUGAUGGAAAUGAAUAUGAAAAUCAGGUGAGGGAAUUGAGGUUUAAAUUUAACAGUAUUAAUGAUUUCAUGGAUCAUUCUAUUUGAAUCUUUAAUCGUUGAAGCUGUUAUACAAUUUAUUCAUUUCAAUUGAAAACCAUUUGCGGUUCAAAUUUAGGGAA